AUGGGGAUACAAGGAUUGCUCCAGUUUAUCAAAGACGCUUCUGAACCUAUCCAUGUGAGAAAGUAUAAAGGGCAGGUAGUAGCUGUGGAUACAUACUGCUGGCUUCACAAAGGAGCUAUCGCUUGUGCUGAAAAACUAGUGAAAGGUGAACCUACUGAUAAGUAUGUAGGAUUUUGUAUGAAAUUUGUAAAUAUGUUGCAGUCUCAUGGAAUCAAGCCUAUUCUGGUAUUUGAUGGAUGUACCUUACCAUCCAAAAAGGAAGUGGAGAAAUCUAGACGAGAAAGACGUGAAGCCAAUCUUCUUAAGGGAAAACAGCUUCUCCGUGAGGGGAAAGUGUCAGAAGCCAGAGAGUGUUUUACUCGGUCCAUCAAUAUCACACAUAUGAUGGCUCACAAAGUAAUUAAAGCUGCUCGCUCCCAGGGAGUAGACUGUCUUGUGGCUCCAUAUGAAGCUGAUGCUCAGUUGGCCUAUCUUAACAAAGCUGGCAUCGUACAGGCCAUAGUCACAGAGGACUCUGAUCUCCUAGCCUUCGGCUGUAAGAAGGUAAUUUUAAAAAUGGACCAACUUGGAAAUGGAUUGGAAAUUGAUCAGGCUCGUCUAGGAAUGUGUAGACAGCUUGGAGAUGUGUUUACAGAAGAGAAGUUCCGUUAUAUGUGCAUUCUCUCAGGCUGUGACUAUCUCUCUUCACUGCGUGGUAUUGGACUAGCAAAGGCAUGCAAGCUACUACGAUUAGCAAAUAAUCCAGAUAUUAUAAAGGUUAUCAAGAAAAUUGGGCAUUAUCUCAAGAUGAAUAUAACAGUACCAGAGGAUUAUAUCAAAGGCUUUAUUCGUGCCAAUAACACCUUCCUUUAUCAACUGGUUUUUGAUCCCAUUAGAAGGAAACUCAUUCCCUUGAAUGCCUAUAAAGAAGAUAUUGAUCCUGAAACACUAAGCUAUGCUGGGUGGUAUAUUGAUGAUUCUUUAGCUCUUCAAAUAGCACUUGGAAAUAAAGAUAUAAAUACUUUUGAACAAAUUGAUGACUACAAUCCAGAUGAUGCUAUGACUUUCCAAUCAAGAAGUCACAGUUGGAAUGACAAAAGAUGUCCAAAGUCAUCUAAUGUGAAUAGCAUUUGGCGUAAGAAUUAUUACCCUAAACUUGAGCUGGAUGUUGUUUCCAAGGCUACACCAUUAAAGGAAAUUCCAAGUACUGUGGGCAUUGAACAACUGAUUAGUACUAAAACUUUAGGUCUUCCAAAGAAGUCAUCUGUCAUCAAAAGAUCAAGAAGUGCAGAGGUAUCAGAAGAUGAUCUGUUGAGUCAGUAUUCUCUUACACGUACAAAGAAGACCAGGAAAUCACUGAACUCUUCUGAAAUGUUUGUGCCUAACAUGGAAGAUGGAACCGCUAGUACAAAGAGUUUAAGCACACCACCUAGGACAAGAAAUAAAUUUGCAACAUUUUUACAGAGAAAAAAUGAAGAAAGUGGUACAGUUGUAGUUCCAGGAACCAAAAGCAGGUUUUUCUGCAAUUCUCAAGAUUUUGCUGACGGUGUAUCCAAGAAAGAGAGUAGCCAGGCUUUAUGUGAAAGUGCUGUCAGAGAUGAAGAGAUCAAUCAGAACGAAUCCGAUUGUCUCAAUGACAAGAAACAAGUUAAUACAAGUAUAGCGUAUAACUCAAGUGAUCAAAUUUCAGAUGAUAGAACUCUGGAUGCUGAUGAAGAGUCUCAGUCUCUGAAGACCAACAGAUUCACAAGGACCAUCUCACCAUCUACUCUGAGGACUCUAAGUUGUUUUAGUUGGUCUGGACACCUUGGAAGUUUUUGUCCAAGAACAACAUUGCAGCAGUUCCGUAGAGAGAGUGCUUCUCCCACCUCUCUGCCUGAGAAGAAUAAGACAACUGAUCUGUCUCCAUUAAAGAGUGAUGAGUCAGGGGAUGAAUGUCAUCCCGUCCAAGAAGCGGAGUCACCGUCACAGUCUCGGGAAAGCAUAGAAAUAAGCGACAAUGUGAAUGCAUCAAAAGUUUCUCAGCCUUCUAUUAAGGAUUCAGAGUCAGAAGUUCCUGGGGUAUAUAAAUCUAAUUCUGUGGAUUCUCUUUCUACAACCAAGAUCAAGUCUCUCGUACCUGCCAAAGUCAGUGGACUUAGCAAGAAGCCAGCAAGCAUCCAGAGAAGACAUCAUCAUAAUUCUGAGAACAAGCCAGAAUUGCAGAUAAAAAUCAGUGAGCUCUGGAAAAACUUUGGAUUUAAAAAAGAUUCUGAAAAACUUCCUUCUUGUAAGAUGCUGGAUCCCCUGUCUCCAGUCAAAGAUAACAUCCAACUGACUCCAGAAACAGAAGAGGCUAUAUUCAACAAAUGUGAAUGUACUCGUGUUCAGAGAGCAGUAUUCCAAUAA